AUGGAACGUUGGCAGAACAAGUUGGCUGUGGUAACGGGUGCCAGCGGAGGCAUUGGAGCCGCAUGUGCCCGGGCUAUGAUCGGCGCUGGACUACGGGUAGUGGGCCUGGCACGUCGGGAAGCCAAGCUGAAGGAGCUCAGAGAGGGUCUACCUCCUCAUCUGCAGGGCAACUUUAUUCCGCGACGAUGUGAUGUCUCUAAGGAAGAGCAAGUGCUCAGCUCCUUUGAGUGGAUUGAACGAGAACUAGAGGGAGCCGACGUGCUGCUGAACAAUGCUGGAAUUACUCGUGAGACGGAACUGGUCACUCCGGGCAACACCCAGAAACUUGUCGAGGUCCUUGACACCAACGUGAUGGGUGUGAUCUGGUGCACCCGCGAGGCGUUUAAAAACAUGAAGAAGAGGGGUGGCGAGGGGCAUGUUCUCAUUGUUAACAGUAUUGCCGGGCACCAGGUGCUUAAUUUCAUCGACGUGCUGCCCUCAUUUAAUAUCUAUCCGGCCACCAAGUUCGCUAUCACGGCCAUUACCGAGACGUACCGGCAAGAGUUCCAGCUGCACAGUAACAAAAUCCGUGUGACCGGCAUUUCUCCUGGGGCUGUGAACACAAACAUCUUCCCAGAGGAGAUCCAUUUCUACGUCAAGGACAUGGCUAGGCUGGAUCCAGCAAACGUUGCGGACGCUGUGAUGUAUGCUCUACGAACCCCACCAAAUGUUCAGGUUCACGAUAUUACUAUCAAACCUAUAGGCGAAAUCUUUUGAUCUCCAAAGUUUUUGCCACAAUUCUGGAAUUUCUUCCCCGAUGCUAGGAAGCCGCAUAUUAUAUUAUCUUGCAGUUAAAGUAAACACUUAUUGAAUUCAGCUGUUACCCUCUUAGACUUAAGUAAUAAACAAGAAAAACGCUAUGGUCGAGUGCCUCGACUAUCACCUGA